GCUAUUCUCAUCAUUGACGGUGGUACUGGUGAGUUUGAGGCUGGUAUCUCCAAGGUCAGUCAGACCCGUCAGCAUGACCUCUUGACAUUCACCCUCAGCGUCCAUCAGCUCAUUGUUGCUGUCCACAAGAUGGACAUGACUAAGGCAAGGUGUGACAAUACUUCUAAGGCGAUAUAG